AUGCCGAUGAGCGUCAGAUCAUUCGAGGAGAUGACCUCAAUAACCGAUAUGAAGGACGGCACCUACUCGGUGAAGAUGCGACCGAACUGUAAUGUAUGUGCCGGUCAUCCGAAUAAGACGCAGAACUGGCAACGUUCCUACUUCUUCCUCAAGUCCGACAGCUCGGCCUUUGAGGAACCUCCCCAAAAUGAUUAUCGAGUUCUUUGGAACCGUUCUUGCGUCGGCCAUCCUACUUCUCCCGUUUAUCCCGAAGAUUUCUUGAGGAGUGUCUGUGCCGUCGCUCUGCUUCGAAUCUAUCGCUGGUCCGAGAUCACCGUUAAGAAGAUCCGCGAGCUUAAAGAUCGAAUCGCUCGAAGAGAGUGGAGAUCCGACCUUCCGACCGUUCUUCCUAUUCGCGCUAAGCGACCAGACAUCUUCCCGAGAGAUAUCCAGAAACAAAUUUCCGAGGCGAAGAAGAUGGGCACUCUUCCUGAUCUGAGCGCGAUGAUAGCGGCCCAGCUGGGGCUGACUAGCGGGGAAAGAUCUUCGAUGGCGGUUCCUCGUGCUGGCGAAGUUCCCCCUUCCGAAGCCAGAGGCGCGGGGAAGGGUAGAAAAAGGAAAAGAGGUGACGGCUCGGGAGUUGAGAGGAGUACCGAGGAGGCGAGUGAUGUCCCUCCUUCUGGUGAACCUCAGAAGAAGAAAAAGAAUAAGAGGACAAAGAAGAAGUCCGUUAGCGAGGAGUCGGGGAAUCUCGAGGGACCGACCGAAACUGAGGGGGGAGAUGUCCAGGAAGAAGAACUUCGUCCUGAGGAGGAGGUUCUCGCAGAUGGGGCCCUUGGAGAAGAAGACGACAAGGAGAAAGCCGUCGGCAGGCAGGAGUCCGAGGCUUCUCUCGGAGAUGCGGACUCAGAUAACCUCGAAGAGGAAUCUGAGGGGUCGCCACUUUUGAUAAGAAGUCGUGACGACAAAGCAGAUGGCGAGGAGCGAUCUCCUGCUCCGAUGUCUCCUUAUGCAGAGGUUCCGGCCCGUCCCAAUAUCGGGGCCGUCCAGACUGGUACCUCUUCUCGCGGUGAUGCCAUCUUGAGGAGGGUGCCCGGAGUUAGCUUUCCUGACAAAGUCGACUUUCACUACGAGGGGCCGGCUCCGUUGGCGUACGUUCCGGAGAAAUGCGGGGAGCUCUUUCGUCAGUUUAGGGGAAGGGCGAAACCUUUGCCCGCUGUGAAGGACCAUAUCUUCGGGGGAGAGUACGAGGAAGCGGCGAGGGCCAAAUUGCUGGGGGACAGUGCGAUGAAUGUCUUGAUUGACAAGUAUGAUACUGCGCUGAAGGGAGCUUUGGGCGAGCUCGAGCUAGCUAAGAAGGAGUUUGCUGAGAAGGAGGAGGUCCUUGCUCGCCAGCUGAGCGAGAAAAGGAGCGAUCUCGAGAAGCUCAAUGGUAUGGUGAGUCGCACCAUAACUCGGAGAGACGCGCUGAAGGCCGAGUUGGAGGCGUCCCGAGGUGUCGUCCGUGAGCUUGAACAGAAGAAUGCUGAUCUCGAGAGCGAGAAGGUCUCACUUACUGCGGCUCAUGAGAGGGAGAUGAAACGCCUUAGAGACUCCAGGAUCCUAGAGGUCACAAAGGAAAGGGGAAGAGUAGAGGCCGAGAUGGCCGCGAAAGCUAACCGUCGUUUCGCGAGGAUUCGUUCCCGAGAAGAGCGACGAGGCCCCUAUGAUGAAGCUCGGUUACUUCAUAGCCAAGCUUUUGGAACCAGGAAAUGCCUCGAAGCCUUGAGGAGGGCUGGGAGCGACAUCUCGCAAGCUACCAUUGAGAUAUUCGCGGAGCAAGAGAGGAAAUACGAGCAAGAGGCUGAAAAGCUCAAAGUGGGCGAGAUUCCCGCGGGAGAUCUCGCACUCUCUCCUCUUGUGUUGGACUCUCAGUUCGUGGAUGCUCGAAUCUUGGCGAGUUUCGACCCGUAUGGGUCCAACGCCGGCUUGAUCGAUCCCGAGACCUCGCUGACUCUUCACACUCCGCUCACUCAUCUGACCGAGGAGCGGCAUUUGGGGCUGGACCCUUUUUCUUUGGGCUGGACCCUUUUUCUUUGGGCUGGACCCUCGGGGAGGGAUUGCGAGUAA